ACGAUAUCAAAAAAAAAAUGACAAACUUCAAAGAAGUCUGUACUGUUCCUACAGACUUUGGAGUUACAUUUACAAAGCUCAGAAGUGACAAGAUUGGUCUUACAGUUAUGUUGGCCGAUAUUGAAGGCCCACUUGUCAAUGGUUAUUUUGCUUUAGCCACAGAAAGUUUUGAUGAUUUUGGUUGUCCUCAUACAUUAGAACAUCUUGUUUUCCUUGGAAGUCAACAGUAUCCAUACAAGGGUGUGCUUGAUUCAUUAGCCAACCGCGCCAUUGCACAAGGUACAAAUGCUUGGACAGAUGUCGAUCAUACAUGUUACACCAUUACCACGGCUGGAUCAGAAGGCUUCUUGAAGCUUUUACCUAUCUAUGUGGAUCAUAUCUUGUACCCUACCCUCACUGACACAGGCUACCAUACUGAAGUACAUCAUAUCAAUGGCAAGGGCGAAGAUGCAGGUGUUGUCUACAGUGAAAUGCAAGGAUGUCAAAACUUGGAAGAUGAUAGACUUCAUCUUCGUAUGAAGAGAAUCAUGUACCCUGAGACGUGUGGAUAUCGAUCUGAAACUGGUGGUCUUAUGGAAAGAUUAAGAGAAUUAUCUGUUGAAAAGAUCCGUGAUUAUCACAAAUCUUAUUAUAGACCAGAUAAUCUCUGUUUGAUUGUUACUGGUACUGUUGAUAAAGAGGAACUCCUAAAGGCAUUGGAACCUGUUGAGGAAUCUAUCUUGAGCAAGGGACCUCUUCCUGAAAUGCAAAGACCUUGGGUAAACACUGGAGAUUUUCCUAAUCUCGAAAAGAAUGUAGAAGAAACUGUAUUAUUUGCUGACGAAGACGAAUCUAUGGGCUCUGUCCUGAUUGCUUGGAAUGGUCCUAUGUGCAAUGAUUAUUUGCAACAAAAAGAAUUGGAAGUCCUGAAUGAAUAUCUCACUGAUUCUCCUGUAUCUGUUUUGCAAAAGGAAUUUGUUGAAAUAGAAGAUGCUCUUUGUACAGACGUUGAUUUCCAUAUCACGGAUCAUUUAAAAUCGACUCUGAUGUUCACUGCCUCAAGUGUUCCUCUUGAAGAAAUUGAAAACUUCCCUAAUGAAUUCUUUGACUUACUUAAGCGUCUUGUUGAAACAAACGAUAUUGACAUGACAAGAAUGUCAACUGUGAUUGAGAAAGAAACAUUGAAGCUUUUGGAAAGUGCCGAAACAGAUGCUCAUGGUACGGCUGCUGCCGCCGUUGCUAUUUCUGAUUUCCUUUAUGGGUCACCUGAUGGUAAAGAUUUGAAGAACGCUGUAAGAGAUCAAGAAUUUCUUAAUAUGCUUGCCAAGUACACAGCUGCUGAUUGGCUCAAGAUACUUAAAAAGUGGUAUAUUGAUGCUCCUCAUAUCACUUUGUUUGGUAAGCCCUCUGCCGAGUUUGCUGAACAACAAGCCGAGGAAGAAACUAAUCGUAUUGAAAAGCAACGUUCUGAACUUGGCGAAGAGAAAUUGGCAGAACUACAAAAGAAACUCGAUGACGCUAUGGCUAAAAACGAUUAUCCUGUUCCAAAGGAGAUUUUGGAAGGCUUCAAAAUACCUUCAGCUUCUACUAUCGAGUUUAUUAAUGUGAUCACUGCCAGAAACAAUGACAAAACUUUAUCAAAUGAAGUCCAAGACCAUAUCAACCAAGAUAACAGUACUGACGUUCCUUUGUUUAUUCAAUAUGAUCAUGUCAAGUCGCAUUUUGUCAAGCUUUCAGCACAUGUUAGUGCUUCUUCCAUUCCUUCACAUUUACUUCCUUACACUCGACUCUUCUUGAAAGCUAUCUUUUCUUUGCCUAUUGAAAAAGAUGGCCAAUUGAUUGGUUAUGAAGAUGUUGUCAAAGGGUUAGGUGAAGAUACAGUCGAAUACGAAGCAUCACUUGGAACAAGCUUUGGAUUUAAAGAAUUUGCUGUCUUUACUUUAAAGGCUAAGUCUUCCAAGUUUGAAAAGUCAAUCCAAUGGCUACGUGAUAUCUUAUGGAACACCAAGCUCACACCUGAGAGAUUGAAGAUUGUUGCUUCUCAAAUUUUGAACGAUAUUCCUCAAGCUAAAAGAGAUGGUCAUGAUAUGGGCAAUGCUACUAUGAGAGCACUUCAAGUUGAUCCUAAAAAGUCUGUCAAUAGUGCACGUAAUAUUUUGUUCCAAAACAACUUUUUACAAGAUGUCGUCAAGAGAUUAGAAGAGAAUCCAAGCUCUGUCUUGGAAGAAUUGAAUGAAUUCCGCACAACAUUGUGCUCUCCCAAGAACAUUAGAAUUCAUGUUACAGGUGAUAUUUUGAGCCUCAAAACACCCAGAACUGCAUUCAAAAGCUUUGCUCCACCCAACAGCACAUAUGAGCCAUUAGCAUCAGUUACACUUUCUCAACAAGUGCUUUAUCCUGCAGGAAUGGAGCCAGGCAACAAUGGUUUUAUUGUGACUUUACCCAGUAUUGAAAAUUCCUUUUCAUACCACACUGUAAAGGGUCCCAGCCGAUUUGAGGAUUCUGAUAUUGCUCCCCUCUUGGUCAUGAUUGAAUUGUUGGAUACUAUGGAAGGCAUCUUUUGGAAAUUGAUUCGUGGACAAGGCUUAGCUUAUUCUUGCUUCUUGGAUGCUAACAUUGAAGCUGGUCUAAUCAACUUUACUGUCUUCCGAUCUCCUGAUGCUUUCAAGGCUUUUGAACAGGCCAAGAUUGUGAUUGAACAGUUAGCCAACCAUGAAAUGGAGAUUGAUACUUCUGCUGUCAAUGGUGCAAAGAGUGCUGUUAUUUAUAGUUUGGUUGCUAAAGAAAACACUAUGGAUCGUGCAGCUCUUCAAUCCUUUGUAAACCAAGUAUUGAAGAAGAUGCCUGCUUCAUACAAUAGGGACUUAUUGAUUGCUAUUCAGGCUGUUACUAUGGAUGAUUUACAACACGUUUUGAACAAGUAUUUUGUCAAUAUGUUUAAGCCUAAUACAAGCAAUGUAGUUGUAGUCAGUACACCGAACAAAAUUGUAGAUAUUCAAAAGGGAUUCGAACGCUUAGGAUUUGGAAUGAAAUCAAUUGCGCUAAAUGACAUUACUAUUGAUGGUAUUGUUUAGACAUAUUUUUUUAAUCAAAAAUAAAAUAAACA